AUGCUAAGGCUGAUUACGGAGGAGUUAAUGGCAGGGCUAGAGGAGGUCAAUGGGCAGGGAAGGGGGAUCAGGGAAGAAAUGGAAAAGAUUAAAGGGGAAAUGACUAGAAGGGAAGAACAGUGGGAAGUAGAGAGGGGGGAGAUGAAGGAAACAACAAGGGACCUAGGUGAAAAAUUAGAAGAGGUAGAAGAGAGGAGAGGGGGAAAGAUGGAAAGGGUGAAGGAAAGGUUGGAAGAAUUAAAAAAGAAGCGGGUAGAAGGCGGGGGAGGGGGGGGGGGCAGAAGCAGGGACAGGGAAAUGCGGAAGUGGCGCAGGCAGCAAUAG